GGCGCAGAUCGCAUCAGUUUCGCUCGGAACUUGCACCUGACAGGUUGAGUCAGUCUGGAGAACCAACGCCAUGAAGAAACUAGUGCUUUUGUUUCAAGCGGUUUUCGUGGUUGGCAUCGGUGCCGUGGCCAAAUGUGGCGUCCCGGAAGCUUUCAUGGGUCAGGAACUGGUCCCGGACAUCAUUCCGGAAGCCCCCGCCAUGCUGGCCAAGGUCACCUACCCCUCGGGUGCCGAAGCGUCCCUCGGUAACGAACUGACCCCGACCCAGGUCAAAGAUCAACCGACCGUCAGCUGGGAAGCGGACCCCAAGUCGCUGUACACGCUGAUUUUGACUGACCCGGAUGCGCCCAGUCGGGCCAACCCGAAAAUGCGCGAGUGGCGCCACUGGAUCGUGAUCAACAUUCCCGGCGAGGACGUGGCCUCGGGUGAGCCGGUGGCGGAGUACAUCAGCUCGGCGCCGCCACAGGGGUCCGGACUGCAUCGGUACGCGUUCCUGGUGUACAAACAGCCGUCCGGCAAGAUUGAGUUUGAAGAGCCCAGGUUGAACAAUCGCAACCCGAACCGUGGCAUGUUCCGCGUGGCCGAAUUCGCCACCAAGUACGCGCUCGGAACGCCGAUUGCCGGCAAUUUUUACCAGGCCCAGUACGACGACUACGUUCCGCAGGUGUACGCGAGCCUGGAUUCGUCCCGGAAGUGAGCCAAAAACUCCGAACCAACACCGACACACUCAAGCUCUCUCACACA